AAAAAGGUCCCGCCCAUUCUGACAAAACUCCGGAGCUAAUACGACGCCGUUCUGUUCCCUUCACCCAAAUUUCUGCACAACACUGACUGAUACAGUAUCACACAACAACACUGCAAUUCCUUUUUCCCUCGAGCAACGACGAUGGAGGACGCGGAAGCGGCGAACACGCUUCGCAUUCUGGUGGCGACGGACUGCCACCUCGGUUACAUGGAGAAGGAUGAGGUGCGCCGCCACGACUCCUUCCACGCCUUCGAGGAGAUUUGCGCCGUCGCCGAGCGCCACCGCGUCGACUUCGUCCUCCUCGGCGGCGACCUCUUCCACGAGAACAAGCCCUCUCGCUCCACGCUCGUCAAGGCCAUCGAGAUUCUCCGCCGCUACUGCCUCAACGACCGCCCCGUCCCCUUCCAGGUCGUCAGCGACCAGACGCUCAAUUUCCAGAACGCGUUUGGUCAUGUGAACUAUGAGGAUCCUCACUUCAAUGUUGGAUUGCCGGUAUUUACUAUUCACGGAAACCAUGACGAUCCUGCUGGCGUGGACAACCUUUCUGUAGUCGAUAUUCUCUCGGCAUGUAAUCUAGUCAACUACUUUGGGAAAACAGUUCUUGGGGGUUCUGGUGUCGGUCAGAUCACUAUCCACCCUAUUCUUAUCAAGAAGGGUUCAACAUCUGUAGCUCUGUAUGGUCUGGGAAACAUUAGAGAUGAAAGGCUUAAUAGGAUGUUUCAAACACCGCAUGCUGUUCAAUGGAUGCGACCUGAAUCUCAGGAAGGGUGUCAAGUGUCUGAUUGGUUCAACAUUCUUGUACUUCAUCAGAACAGGGUUAAAACAAAUCCAAAAAAUGCAAUAAAUGAGCACUUCUUGCCACGCUUCCUAGACUUCAUUGUGUGGGGCCAUGAACAUGAAUGUUUGGUUGACCCGCAGGAAGUUCCAGGAAUGGGAUUUCACAUUUCACAACCAGGGUCAUCAGUUGCUACAUCACUUAUUGAUGGAGAAUCAAAGCCGAAGCAUGUACUUCUUCUGGAAAUUAAGGGAAAUCAAUAUCGCCCAACUAAGAUACCUUUGAUGUCUGUGCGGCCUUUUGAGUAUACUGAGGUUAUACUAAAAGAUGAGCCGGACAUUGAUCCCAAUGAUCAAAGUUCUAUUCUUGAACACCUAGACAAAGUGGUUGGAAAACUUAUAGAAAAGUCUAGUAAGCAGGUCAUCAAUAGAAAAGAACUCAAGCUUCCACUAAUACGUAUCAAGGUAGAUUACUCUGGAUUUAUGACUAUAAAUCCUCAAAGAUUUGGGCAGAAAUAUGUUGGGAAGGUUGCAAAUCCCCAAGACAUUCUCAUUUUCUCAAAGGCUACAAAAAGGGCCAAGGUUGAAGGAAAAAUUGAUGAUUCAGAACGACUUCGUCCAGAAGAAUUAAACCAACAGAACAUAGAGGCUUUGGUUGCUGAAAGUAAUCUGAAAAUGGAGAUACUGCCAGUUAAUGAUUUGGAUAUUGCAUUGCAAAAUUUUGUGAACAAAGAUGAUAAAAUGGCAUUUUACUCUUGUGUAAAAUACAAUAUCGAGGAAACACGAAAUAAACUUGCUAAGGAUUCAGACAACGUGAAGUUUGAAGAGGAAGAUUUAAUUGUUAAAGUUGGAGAAUGCUUGGAGGAACGUGUCAAGGAACGAUCUGUACACUCCAAGGAACCCACACAGCUCACUGCUGAUGCUCAACCAUGGAAGGAUUUCCAAGGCAGAAGUGCUGCUGGAACUGGAAGUGCAGUUUCCUUUAGUGAUGAUGAAGAUGCCAUGCCAGUAUCUAGUUCAAAGCCAAGUACUAGAGGUCGAAAAGGGUCAUCUGGUGCGUCUCAAACUACAACCAGAGGAAGGGGCAGGGGAAGAGGAAGAGGUAGAGGUUCCAGCACCAUGAAGCAGACAACUAUUGAUGGAGCUUUAGGGUUUCGCGUUUCUCAGAGGUCUGCAUCAGUUGCUGCAGCAACUGCCAUCCGAAGUGGUGCUGACGAUGAUAACUUGGCUUCUGCUUCAAGUGAUGAUGCCAAUAAAAAUGAUGUUGAAGAGAUCGAUGAUAGUUCGGAAAAUGAAUCCAAUCUACCAGGACAGAAGAGGGCUGCUUCAAAGGGAAGAGGUAGAGGAUCUACACAGUCUUCUAAACGCGGAAGGAAAUCAGAUAACUCUUCAAUCCAUAGAAUGCUCGUGAACAAUGAUGAUGACGAUGACGAUGACGACACCGACAUCAGAAAGAGAUUAAAUAAGUCUCAACCUCGGGUUACUAAAAGCUAUGGAGCUCUAAGAAGGUGAACAAUCUGUUAGAUGUGAUGUUUUCUACCAGCCCCGGUAUCAAGAUAAAUGCUGUCAUAGGCUGAAUUAAUAGCUGUAUUACAUUAUAUAGUAAAAUAUUGAGUGAGUGUGAGUUCGACUAGCUUAGUAACGUCUUGCCUGAGAUUCGGAGAUACACCGGUUCAGCAGAAUAGAGUUAAGUAAUGUUAUAUGUGGGCACUGACGAAAGCAAACCCAGCUCGAGAAUGGGUUCUGCAGCAUUGCAGCCAGGUUGUGUUAUGCUGAAUGCUUUCUUUGUCUGGCCAACUACUUAAGAAGUUGUUCUUGAGUUUCAAUGACUACUUACAAGAAUUGUGUUCAACACAAGAAGUUUUAGGGUUGUCGGCUCUAGACCAGAACCCAUUUAGUAGUGGGCCACUUCCUGAUUUUUCUAGGCUUUCAUACUUAAAGACAUUGAGACUUCAAAAUACCAACAUUGUUGGGCCAUUAUCAUUUGACCACUUGCCCCAUCUUGAUGUUUUGGAUCUAAGUUUAAACCAUUUGAGUGGACCAAUUCCUAUGUUCAAGGUCACUAAAUUUGCCUCAUUAUACUAUUUGGACCUUUCCAACAAUGAAUUGAGUGGGAAGCUUUCAUA